UUCAGUCUGUCUCUUCAUCUUUACUGAGAACUUGAACCUGAGUCGUCCUCGUUUUCAUCAUCCUCGUCUUCUCCUCCGUGUGGAGUCAAAGGGUCUGGACCGGAUCGAGGUUCCUCUGCUGCCCCUCUGAGACUUUGAUCUCGCAGUGGCUGCUGGGAGAUAAAGAGCUUCUCCUUUUCUUCUUCGGAGUCCGCAGAGAUGUCAGCCGUUAUCCCGGAGCAGGUCCGGAGCGAGCAGGGGAGCUGCAGCGGAGCCGAGCCGGAGCAGCCGGAGGCCGGCGUCUUGCAGCCGCAGACCGUGUUUGUCAUCCUAGACCCGGCGGAAACUCUCAACGUGGUCCGAGUGGAGUCUGGGAUCGUUGCUGACAUCGAGGUCGACGGUCUGCUGCCAUCUGACUGCGACACCUUCUAUGAAAUCAAGAGUCAGCCAAUCAGCAUCAGUUCAUCAGCAGCAGCUCCCUCCUCUUCAUCUUCUUCACUGCCGUCAGUGAUGUCAUCGAGGGUUUUGAUGCGUCAGGAUCUGAUGCGUCAGCAGGCUCUGGAGGAGGAGCAUAAAGAGACGCAGAAGAAGCAACAGCAGCUUCUUCGCUUCUCCGACUCCUCCUCGCCCAUCUGCGUCUCGGUGCCCUCCUCCUGCAUACCUCCUGCUCAGGUCCCUGUGGAGGUGCUAAAGGUGCAGACUCACCUGGAGAAUCCCACCAGGUAUCACAUCCAGCAGGCUCAGAGGCAGCAGGUCCGUCAGUACCUGUCCACCACCAAGACAGCCAAUCAGCAGCAGGCUGCAGUGGCAAGCCACUCCCCCCAGCUGGGUUCCACCCCUGGACAGCCAAUGGACGGGAGCCCCAAACAGGAAGUAGAAGACAUCAUCGUCGAUGACAUCAUCAGCCUGGAUUCGAGCCUGAACGACGAGUUUCUGACGCUGAUCGACUCGGAGCUGCAGCUCGCCAACACGCUCCCUGAUCCUGAGAACUUGCUGGACGGGUAUGGUGGCAGCGUCGGGAACACCAUGCCUACGCUUACCAUUAGUAACAGCUGCCCGGCCAACCUGCAUGCCGUCAAGAGAGAGCUGACUGAGGUGGAGUCCAAAGCUCUGAUUAAAGAAAGACAGAAGAAGGACAAUCACAACCUCAUCGAGAGGAGGCGGCGCUUCAACAUCAAUGACCGGAUCAAAGAACUCGGAGCUCUGAUCCCUAAAUCCUCUGACCCUGAGACGAGGUGGAACAAAGGAACCAUCCUGAAGGCGUCGGUGGAUUACAUCCGCAAGCUGCAGAAGGAACAGCACAGAGCCCGAGAGAUGGAGGAGAGGCAGAGGAGGCUGGAGAGCACCAACCAUUCGCUGAUGCUCCGCAUACAGGAGUUGGAGCUUCAGGCUUGCGUCCAUGGCCUCUCCUCUUCCUCCUCCAACUCACCUCCCCCGAAGUCCUCCUCCUCCUCUCUGGACCCCCAGACCCUGCUCUCUCCUCCACUGCUUCACCCCUUUUCCUCUUCCUCCUCCCCCUCCUCCUCCUCCCUGGUGACUCCCUCUCUGGGUCUGGAUGCUCUGACUUUUACGGACCUGGAUGAGCCUCAGGGAGCCGCCACUGUUUUCUCCCCAGACCUGAUGUCUGACAUGGGGCUGACUGACCUGAACGGCCUGGGGGGCCUCCUGAUGGAGGACGGGAGCGGGGCAGGAGUGAUGUCCGACCCUCUGCUGUCCUGCGGAGCUUCGAAGACCAGCAGCAGAAGGAGCAGCUUCAGCAUGGAUGAGGAUCUUUGAUGACCCCAUCGCGCACAGGGAUCUGAUUGGCCAGAACUGAAGGCGGGACUUCAUUUUUAAUUUUUUUAGGGAACUGCUUUUCAAUCUGUGACAUCAACAAAGCAAAAAACACACCAAGGUGAUGCAGUGUAACAGAAACCAUCAGCAUGUCUUCCAGGGGACUCCCCUUUGUCCUGAAGUGUUGUUGUCACAGCUGUUGUUGCAAACCCCAGUGUCAAAAUUGUGUUCAGGUUCCUCACACGCACUCACCUGAACUGCUGAGACUCAAAGUGACUUAAAUGUGGAUUUACGAGGUUUUAUAAAGUAGUCAAAAUACUGAGACAUUGAUUGUGCCUCAGUUCAUUCCUGUAAAUAUAAAUGAAUCUAUAAUCACUGUGCUGGAAAACUGAGUAGAGAUUUUUAUUGGAUCAGAGGAGUCUGCAUAGCUUCAGGACUUUGAUUCAGUUUUAUUUUUAAUAUAUGCGCUGCCUGAUUGAAACCAUGUCCAGAGCAAAAAGAAGGGAAACUUUUGUAAUCGGCCACCAAUCCUUAAGAAAACUGUUCAUUUCAGUUUGUUUCAUCUUUAGAGUUUUAUGUUUUAUUAGCAUUGAGACUCUUCUCAUACAGCAGCCAAAUUAACAUUUUAAGCUUCAAUCAAUUCUUGCUGAUGAGUUUAUAAUCGUUAGCCUUCAAUUAAACCAGCUACAGUUUCCAUUGCUUGAGGCUAAUUGUAAGCUAACUCUUAGCUGCAGGUGUUUUGUCUUCAGGAACCCUCCUAUCUUAUAACAGACAGGUUACCAAACAAGAACUUGUCGAGUUAGCUGUUAAUGUUAAAACGUGCUCGCGUUAAAAGCUAACUAGUUACAUACUGUUGUUCAUAUUCUCCUACCUGCUAGUUUAGUUAGCUACUGUACAGAGCUAGCUGCUAUCUGUGCUUGAUGUAAUUAGCUCUAGCUAAAAUCGUGUCAUCUUAGCAGCUAUGUUUGUUUGUGGAACGAUUUCCUCAUAUGUUACAGUCGCCGAUGUAAAUGUGUCUGGGUUUUGUUGGAAAUUUAAGGUGCUCUGCUGGUGAUGCUGGUUAGGAAAAAUAAUACUGACUGCAGACAAGUUAGUAAGAUGUGGGAACAGAGACACCAAGACACAAGAUAAAUGAGAUCUCUGCUGAUCUCUGUUACUUUAUUACUGCACGAUCACAACAUCAGCCCAAAUGGCUGCCAACAUCGCUCCCUUAAAUAUGGCAGACAACAGCCUGCAGACUGCGGUUCAUGUGCCAUGUGGGAUCUUUGUGUUUGUGUCUAGUUUUAUUUCAUUUUCAGUUACUGUUUGCCACAUUUGUGGCUCCAAAACCAACAUUAACCACGUUAAAAUGCUGGUUUUUGUUGUUUAUCUGACAUCUAAUAGAUCACCUUUGGAAUCUUUGUUUUCUUCUAUUUAUCAGUAAUUGGAUGAUACUUUUUUAAGACUUUGAGUAGGUGGUGGAGGGUGCUGACUAGUCAUGUAUAAGUGACUUAUUACAGUUGAUAAUGGCCAUUUAUUGGGCUGAUGUCAUUCAUUGAAUUUCCCAGGUGAUACUAAAUCAUGGCCAAGCAAUAGUAUUAAUUCCUGCUAAUGUCAUCUGUGCCGUGUACUACAAAGAAAGAAUAUAUAGCAUAUAUUCAUAACUACAGCCAUCUCAGGGCACUAUACAUUGUAUAUUACAGAGUUCACAAGCCAUCAACUUUCUAUGAUCAGCACUUGGCAGCAGUAGGGAAAAAAACCUACCUUUAUAACUGUAAAAAAAAUAUGCAACAGAACCAGGCCUUCAUACCAGGGAAAAUAUGGAGGAAGGGUGAAGACGGGAAAGAGGAACUUAAUUACAGGAAAAAAGCACUGAGCUUGAUGUGGCCAGUAAAACCUGUUGGGCUGUUAUGGAUUGUUAGCAAUGCAAGUUACAGUAACACAGACUGUAUGAACCUACUUGCAUUCAGUUAUUGAUACAGGAAAUAUACAAAUAUGUUUUUAUGCUUGGUCCUGAUUUUCUGCCAGGGUAAUUUUGCAGUCCUGUUGGUGUUUAUCUCAGAGAAUGUUUAAUAAAUGAAGUGAACUGCACUUACAUUUGGUCAAAGCGAUUUCUGGCAGAUAGAUAAACAGUAUAUUCACAGGAAGGAACCAGAUUAGCAGUAUUCGACAGCAUGCCUCUCUGGUUUUAUUUAGAGAGCCACUCUAAAGUUUUGUCAGAUCCUUCACAGCUCUCUGUGACCCGUUCUUCUUCACAGAAGAAGGCAGUGUCGCUUGAUUGGUGCUGAAUGACGCGCCAAACGCGUUACUGUGCUCACGGUUUGAUAAAGAAAGGCUGAUGUAACGAAGAAAGCUGAUAACUAUUGUUGCGAUACCAAUUAUCUCUGAAUGUUGCAUUAGGUGUAAGCCAGAGAAAACCUGUCUGUAUCCAGCUAGAAAUGAGAUUUAAUACCUGAAUAAUGAUCAGCAGAGUCAGGUGUUCAGUUAUGAGGAUCAGGUGAUUCUUGCAUAAAGGGAUUGCUGUUUUUUAAAUCUAUGUUUAUGUCAUUUAUGUUUAUCAUAUGUUUACAACCAUAUAGUUUGUCAUUGUUUAUUCUCAGUUAACAGUUUGUUUUAUAGAUCCAUCAAGGUUCACAUGCCAACUUUUAUAGAGAAAUAAAUCAUUAAACAGAAGUUUGUCUCA